UUACAAAUCAUAUGAUACUAAGUAGUAGUAGUAGUAGUAGUAGUAGUAAGUAGUAUGUAUUAGUAAGUAGUAAUGAUAGAACGAAUUGAAUAAAAUGUAUAAAUAUCCAUUUCAAUGAAGUGAUAUUUAUUGUUUCCAUAUGAAAUUUGUGGAUAUUUAUUGAAUUGAUUCUAUUGUUCUAUGUAUAUAAUAGAUAGAUAUUGAAUUAGCAUAGUGAUUAAACAGACCUGGCAACAAAAACAAAAACACCCAAAAAAAAAAAGAGAACACAACGUAUUCCAUAGUAAAUGCCACUAUUUAAAUUCAUAAUACCAACAAUAAAUCAACAUAAAAAAUGUGAAAAUAUAUUUCGUUGGCUUGUUAAAGAUUCUAUGAAUGAUAUCACAUAUGAACAAUUAAAUGAGAGAAUACAAAGUAUAUUCUAUAAAUUGGAUUCUUAUAAUAAUAAUAAUGAUUUAAUGAAAGAGUUUCAAGUAUUAUGGUAUGAUGGUGAAGAUCUAUGUCGUAUUAUUUCCACAGAAGAUCUUCAUGAUGCUAUACAAACAUUAGGUGGAUCAAAUGGUAAUGAAAAAAGUAUCCGAUUUUAUAUAACAACAAAUGAUUGUGAACAAUUCAAGAAUCAAUUGAAUAGUUUCAUAAAAGAAAAACAACCUAAUGAAUUAAAAUUACCCGAUUUACCAGAAACAUUAGAUAAACUUGAAAUUGAUGAAAAUGUGAAACAUAGUAACACUGAUCUAAAUCACAUAGAAACAAAAUUAGAUACAAAACAAUCACUAAUCGAUAAAUCAAUAUUAUUCGAUCAAAAAACGAAUGAAAUUGAUCUAGAUCAUCAUCCUAUUGUACCUAGUGCACCAACAUUAAUGGAUUCAAAUACAAUGGAUUUAUUAUGGUCAUCAUUACAAUUACCACAAUAUAAUAUGAAUUAUAUGAAUAUACCACAAAAUGUUCAUACAUAUACUACUUAUACACCAUAUACACAAGGAUAUUUUUUAUAUAAUAAAAUGAAUAUAAGUAAAUUACCACCAUCAUCCCCAUCCCUAUCCCCAUCUCCAUCAUCAUCAUCAUCGUUGUCGACAUGUCUUCAAUCCUAUUCAAUGAAUGAUCAGAAACGGUUAACAAACAAUACAUAUAGUACAAUAUUACAAUUACCUAGUUCAUCAUUUCAUUUAAACAAACGAAAUAAUCCAUAUACAAGAUCAUGUAUUAACUUAGCAACUAAAUCUAAUAUUACUACUAAUAAUAGUAAUAGUAAUGGUAAACAUCAAAUCGAUAUAUCGGCUAUUAUUAUACGAUUACGUCAUAUGGGAUUUCAACAAAGUGAUAUCUAUUUAAGUAAUAUCAUUAGACAAUAUAAUGGGAAUAUAAAUCCUAUUUUAGAUAGAUUAUCAUUUGAAAACAAUAAGAAAUUAUAAUGUAUUUGUACUGUUUGUUUAUUGAUUUGAUAACUUCCAUAUGGAUUAUUAUUUGUAUGCUUGAAAUAAACUCAUCUCUUUCAUC